CCGGCGCCGGCUGCCUGUACUUCCGCCGCAGUCUCUGCCAUGGUAACAGCGUCACUCCAGCCAGCCGCCUGACUGCGAGUUGCCGGGCCCGCCCCGCCUCAUGAAGGCAGGAUGUUGGUCCAACUGUGUUGGUACUUUUACUGCACCUGUCUGUGGCGUUUUCUCAAGUUUGCCUUGAGAAAAAUAACUGGAAAAUGUGAAUUGCAGAGAAUCUGCUACAGCAGAAAGCCUGGAGCUCAAAGGACACUGAAAAUAGAAUCAUCGUUAAAAUCCUCCCGGAAUGAAGUACUCCAGUCUGCUGUGGUCGCCCAUAUGGAUGAUAUAGAGAAGACUGUUGAUAAUAUAAUGCAGCUGAAAAAGAUUAAUCCUGACACCAAUCCACAGUUUGGGAUUUCUCUGCAGGCCUGCCUCCAACAGAUUGUAGGAUAUACAAGAUUGAUUGCAGAAGUGGAAAAACUCCGCAAAGAUCAAUAUGAUUCAGAAAAUACACAUCAUGAAGAAAUGCUGUUGAAGCUGUGGACCUCCCUUCGCCCUGAUGUAACGUUGGAUGGCCGAAUUAGUAGGCAGUGGUGUGAAAUAGGUUUCCAAGGUGAUGACCCAAAGACAGACUUCAGAGGAAUGGGGAUGUUGGGGUUGUAUAACUUGGUAUUUUUUGCAGAACAUGAUAAUGCAACUGCACGCCGGGUUCUUUUUGAUUCUCACCAGCCAAAAUAUAGGGAACUAACUAAGGAAGAUGUAAGUAAAUUGAAUAAAAAGGAGUUGGAAAAGAAAAAGUUUGAUCAGGCAAUAGGGUUUUCAUUUGCUAUAGUGGGAAUUAAUAUCACUGACCUUGCAUACUCUCUGCUUAUAAAUGGAUCAUUGAAAACUCAUUUGUAUAAUGUUGCUCCUGAGGCGCCAUCCCUUGUCCAAUUCCACAAAGUCUUCUGCUACCUGAUGUACGAGUUUCACAAAUUCUGGAUUGAAGAGGAUCCUCUUGACAUAAUGGAAUUUAAUCGUGUUCGAGAGAAGUUCCACAAGCGGAUUAUAAAGCAACUUCAGAACGUGGACAUGACCCUGUGCCCUCAUUUUGCAGCCUCAGAAAGUCUGAUGAAUAUGUAAUCAUCCUUCCAUUUGUCAUAUCACUGCCUCACGUCCGUACAAGUCUGUGAGUUGAUUUUAAGAAACUGAAUUUAAAUCACAGCAUUGAUCACAACCAGCAUAUCUAAUGACCAUGGUGACUGUAUGCAUGCUUUAUUUUAAGUAUAAUACUUCUCUAUUUGGAACAGUAUAAAGUACUACACAUGCUAUACAUUCACGUGAACAAUGGAGAUUGUCUCCAUAAACAUUUGCUCAUAUUGUGGCAGCAUGGAGUGUUACAUUUUAAUCAUUCGAAGAAACCUUUUGCAAUGUUUACAUGCAUAAACGCUCAUACACUGCUCCUCUCUCAUUCUGCUUUGAAAUGUUGUAAUCUGUAGUUCUGUAGUCCUUUGAUUUAAAAUCCUUUAAUCAUGAUUUGCACAAAAUUACGAACAAUAUUUAUUGUUGAAGAAUGUAUUUUGAUCAAAUAAUUUGUGAAUAUACAUAACUACACACAUUAAUGGCAUUUUAUGGAAUUUAGGUAUAUAUUUGGUAACUUUAGCAUCCCAACAAAUAUAGAUGUGUACGUUUAUUGAAAUUGUACUUCAGUAUGUAUAAAUUAGAGCAAAUAUCUUUUUGUUUUGAUAGAUCUGUUCUUCAAGUUUAGUCGCAAAUAGCUCGUACUGUCUGUCAAAAAAUCUGAGUUAUCUGUUCUCAGCAUUAAAUGUAAUUAGCAGUUUGGCACUAUAUGACAUUAUUAAUCUUACUUACUGAUUUGCAGACUAGCUAUUGGUGCAUGUGAAUGUACAGUAGACUCCACACAUUUGUUUCUAAGUGUCUUUCUGGAUAAUAAACAGGUAGUUUUGUGAAUUAUCACACCAGUGCCAUAUUUACGAACAAUGACUGCUUGAAGAUUUAAUAACUUUUUUUAAGCAUUGUUAAUCCCUGCCAUGGCAUAUGUACACAUAAAUGUAUGUUACUGUUUAAGAAGCAAUAGAUGAUGAGUUUAUAGUUAAAAUAUUGUAGUAUAAGAAGGUCAUUAAAGGAGCAUCACCAAGAUGAAAAUGUGUUUAUUAACACAACAAAUAUAAAAGUAUAUAUUGUAUUUAAUUGCAACAGCUUGUCAUUUGUGCAGAUCAUCUUAAAGUUAAUGCAUACUUUUUCUUCUCAAUCUUUGAUUAAUUAAGUUGAUGGUCCGCAAAUUAUCCAGAACUUAUUUUUAAGCAAGCUGUAUACUUUUCAUUUUGUAUUUUUCAUUGGUGUUAGUAUUGUAAUGAAACAAAAAGUACAAGAUUUUUAAUGUAAUACUAUAAAUGUAUUAUUCUUUGCUUUAAUACCUCACCUCCCUCAAAAUAUGUGAAGUUUAACAUACUUGAGCAUACUGGAUUUUAAUGUUGCUUAAUUUAAGUAUAGUAAUGUCAUUAUCAUAGGAUCCUCCAGAUUUUGUUAAAGAAAAAAAUUGUAAUUGUAACUUCUUUGAACAUUGCCUUAGUAUCUGUAAGGAUCACUGUAUUAAUUGUGCUUGUUUAAACAAAGUAUUCUGAUUUUUUAAGAA